GGUGACGCUCUUUCGCUUUAAAAUAAAACCUACAACUCCGCCCACUGGUAGUCAGUCGAUUGAUUUACUCUCCCGGUGUUCAUGGGCAAGGCUUGCAUUAACCUCAGAAGACUCUAACCUUGGAAUAUAUACUGGGAAAACGAAGUUAAACUGAUACGCACUUCAAUGUAGCAUAAACCCACGAGGUUGAAUUUAGUGGAAUAACUCUGGGUCGAAUGGUUUUCCUUUGUUGUGACAGGACACAUUUCCUUUUGACAACAUUUGGGGGCCACCUACCUCAACACGUUUGACACAGACAGCAGCCCAUUUGUCGCGUGGUGUGAGGACAGUUGGUCUGAGGACUUCGUAAAAUAUUCCUACAACUUCACAUGGGAGAAAAAGCCUGAAAUAAUUGAUAAAGGUUUCCCGUUUGGUCAAUGGGAUGUUAGAGGUCUGGAGGCGUGCCAGAACUGAAGGAGCAUGGUGAAGCACCAACCCCUGCAGGUUUACGAGAGGCAGCUGUGUUUGUCAUGUCUCACAGGGAUCUAUGGGUGCCGGUGGAAACGGUACCAACGGUCACAUGAUGACACCACCAAGUGGGAGUUCCUGUGGUCUCUCAUCCUCUUCUUCACCUUCUCUCUGCUCCUGGUUUGGUUCUACUUCUGGUGGGAGGCACACAACGACUACAAUGAGUUCAACUGGUUUUUAUAUAACCGCUCUGGGGAGUGGAGCGACGGGACCGUUCCAAUCCUGGCCACUACCGCUGCCGGCUUCACUUAUAUUGCAUUUUUAAUGAUUUUAGCACUUUGCCACAUAGCAGCGGGACAACAGCUGAACUUGCACUGGCUGCACAAGAUUGGAGUGAGUGCUGCCCUGCUGACCACUGCCAUUGGAUUCAUAUCUGUCAAUCAAACAUGGGGGGAGGAGUGGGCAGUCAUCCCUAUAUCACUCCAGGCCACAGGUCCCUUCCUACACCUAGGAGCUCUGGUGGCUGUCACCGCUCUCGCCUGGCUGGUGGCUGGGCAGGUCGCCCGCACAGAGAAAAUAAGGUUCCAGGUGGUGGUUCUCCUGCUCUACCUGAGUGUUCUACUGGGCCUCUACAUGGUCCCCCUUUCCAUCACCUCCCCCUGCAUCAUGGACCACGCCAACCUCACUCCACGCCCUGAUGUCAUUGGCCACCAGGGCGCCCCCAUGCUGGCUCCAGAGAACACUAUCCUGUCCUUCCAGAGGGCUCUGCAGAUGAACGUCAGUGGGCUGGAGGCUGACGUGGCCAUCAGCUUUGACGGGGUUCCAUUUCUGAUGCGAGACCGCACAUUGAGGAGGACUACUGACGUGGGGAAGGUGUUUCCAGCCAGACAGCUGGACGAUGCCUCCUCCUUCAACUGGACAGACUUACACAGCCUCAAUGCCGGCCAGUGGUUCCUCAAGGACGACCCCUUCUGGACGGUCCAGUCCAUGGCUCAGAGGGAGGUGAUGCUGGUGGGGAACCAGAGCGUGUGUAGUCUGGAGCAACUGCUGAAGCUAGCCUCCCUCCAUAACCACACAGUGGUGUUCAGCCUGCGACGACCCCCGCACAGACACCCCUGCUACCACAGCUGGAUCAACGAUACCCUGGAAGUCAUACGCCUGUCUGGGAUUCCACAGCACCUGGUGAUGUGGACCCCAGACUGGGACAGGGGGCAGGUAAGACAGGUGGCUCCAGGGCUUCAGCAGACAUCAGUAGAGAAGCUGCCGCCUCAAGUCCUUCACCAGCAGGGAAUCAGCAGACUGCUGCUACGUUACAGCCAGGCCAGCCCCUAUGACAUCCGAGAGUUCUCCAGGAGCAACGUGAGUGUGACUCUGUACACGGUCAACAAGCCCUGGCUGUUCUCUGUGCUCUGGUGCAGCGGGGUCUCCUCUGUCUCCUCUGAAGCCCCCAACAUCCUCAGAAAGGUGCCUUACCCCAUCUGGCUCAUGAGUCCAGAUGAGUACUGUCUGCUCUGGGUCGCCGCUGAUCUCAUCUCCUUCACUGUAGUUAUAGGAAUUUUUGUAUUCCAAAACUAUCACAUUAUCAGAUGGAGGUUGAGUAGCAUGCACAGCUACAACCCUGAACAGAUCAUGCUGAGUGCCGCAGUCCGGAGGUCCAGCAGAGACGUCAACAUCAUGAAGGAGAAACUCAUCUUCUCCGAGGUGAGCAAUGGUGUGGGCAAUGCUGAGGACCUGUACAUGGAGAAUGGCUUUGACUACUACAACAACGAAGGCAUCUCCCAUUGACUCUUACUCACCUAAUGUGAAUCUACUGAAUGACACCUGACUCUACUAGCAUGUGGAAACUGAGUAAAUUAAAACUUCCAAGUGACUUGUGAUUGGCUUGUCUGUUCUGAUUACUCUUGUUUUACUCAGUGCAUCCAGAUUGUUCCUCUGAACUACUGAUUGAUUGACAGGCUGCUGUAUUGCUGAAGAAUCGCAGGCAAGCGCCACCCAUUGCUUUGUACAUUCUGUAAAUAGGUUUGUUUUUGCUUGUUAAAUACAAAUGUGGGACUAAAAGCACUUUUUAUUGAUGAACCAAUUGAUUUGUCAGAUCUGUGGCCUCUUCUCACCUCUAGGUGAUUUUUUUUUUUACAAUUUGUUUGUCAGAAAAGGGCAUUUAUUUGAAAAUAUAUUGGUCCAUUAUAUAUUGUUUUUCACUCAAACCUCUUUGAUUGAAUGGGCUCAUGGGCCGGAUCUGGCCCACAGACCGUAGUCUGCCCACCCCUGCUCUAGAUGCUUUGGAGGCCCCCCAGUUACCAAUGCUUGUUUAUUAUUAAGAACCUAUUUGUUUGUUUUUAAACUGUUGUUUACUUGCAGUCACUUUAUAGCACAGCCAAUUCUUAGUUAUUUAGAGUAUUUUACUACUUGUGCAGCAUUGCUCCUAUUUCUUGCCACGUUUGGGCGCUACACAAGCUGUUUACAGAGGGUCCUGACUUCUCCGACUACGUGAAAUAUUUACACGAUAUAAGAUAAUGAUUUGAACAGCAUUUCCUUCAUCCAUGCAUGUGACAUACAAUAUCAAGUGACUUGUGGAGCUGUGCUGUCUCGGGCAGGGCUUGUGUUCAGGCAGAACUGAUGUGUGUUUUGUGAUGUUUUUGGUGCAUUGUGAAUGUUUUGAUUUUUAAAGGAUGUAAACAGUGUAUUAUGGCAGAGAUUUCACCACCUACUCCAAGUAUGCAGUUCUACAUGGAGUGUGUGCAUAUUACAAAUGUUUUAUGUGCUAUGGCUGUCUGAGGAUUAUAUUGGAAAUGUGAUGCAUAAUAAUAGCAAUAGUGUUGAGAAGUUUAUGAAAGUCAAGUCAUUUAAAUAUUUUGCAGACCAACUUCUCAAUGGCAUUUGAACAGCAAAUUGCAUCACAGUGACAUUAAAGGGUAUAUUUUAUGUCGUGAUGAAGUGGGGUGUGUUAUAUUAACUGUGAAAAUAAAGCUCUAGGCUGUUGAAGGGACAACGCUGAGUAUCAGAAUGGUUCACACAGGGUCAAGGAACGGAUUGACUUGUGUUCAUUUACUCUUUUGGUAUUUGUGUGCCUCAGAAGUCAACAUUAAAAUGCUUCUGAUACCAAAGUGAUCCUUUUAUUGUGAUUUUUCUAGAUGGAAGAUAACUGUAACACCAUUUAGGUUAGUGUUACUGUUGACUGUGUAGAUUUAGCAUGUCAACCAUAUUCCUACUGUAUGUGAACGCUUGAUGUACAGUGCCUUCAAAGUAUUCACACCCCUUGACUUUCCACAUUUUGUGUUAGACAAUUUAAAAUUGAUUGGGCUACAGAUAAUACCCCAUAAUGUUAGUGGAAUUAUGUUAUUAUUAAAAAUGAAAAGCUGGAAUGCCUUGAGUCAAUAUGUAUUUAACCCCUUUGAUAUGGCAAGCCUAAAUAAGUUCAGGAGUAAAAAGUCACAUAUGUUGCAUAGACUCAAUCCAAGUGUGCAAAGCUCUUACACUUACCCAGAAAGACUAAUCUUGCUACCUGAGGUGAUUCUAACAAGUAUUGACUCGGGGGUGAACACUUAGGUAUUUUCAAUACAUUUGCAAACAUUUCUAAAACGUUCACUUUGUCAUGGGUAGUGUGUGAAGAAACAAAUCCAUUUUGAAUUCCAGCUGUUAUACAAAAUGUGGAACAUGAAUACUUUCUGAAUGUACUGUAUGUUCUAUGCAGUAGCCCAUGCCAGUAACUAACCAUUGUGGAUCUCUAACAUACGGAUGUUUUUCCAUCAAUUGUACAGUUACGCGGCAAGAUGUUACCACAUUGCUGAAGAAGCUAGUGAGUGACAAUGGUAAAUGUCAUUUUUUCACGAUUUUCAGUUGAUAUGUGCUGGGAACAUUAUCACAUGUCCUUUUAUUUUUUUCUUCCUCCUGUACUAGAAAGUCAGUAUCAUGGAAUGCAGACAGCAAGAUGCAUCUGUAUGUUGUUAUUUUCUCUUACAGUAAUGGCCAUCUCUGUUUGGUCCUGAACUGUGUUUAAAUGGAUUUCUAUGUAUAUUAAAGCUGGCUUUAAUUUUG